AUGGAACGUGAAAGACCAAACGGUUCUGGCCCUAAAAAACGCCGUCUUGUUCCACUUGCACCGGCCCCGGCAGGUGGUUCGGGACAAGGUGCCGCUGCGGGCGCCGGUUCUAAAGGGAGAAGACAAGUUACAGCCGCGUGUGAAGCAUGUAGAAGGAGGAAGUCAAAAUGUAACGCUCAGCGCCCAAAGUGUAGCCUCUGCGUGAGACAUGACACCGAAUGUCGAUACGCCACAGCUCCUACAGAGACUCACUCCCAGGCCCUAAAGCGAAAACACAGUGAAUUGCAGAACCGGAUAACCCCGUACGAGGAAUUAUUCGGUCUGCUCCAGACAAAAUCCGAAACCGAAUCUCACGAGAUCCUCCGGAGAAUCCGGUCUGGUAAUGAUGUCGGUUCUAUUCUACGUCACGCAAGGGAUGGUGAUCUCCUAAUUCAGCUCUCGCUAGCCCCUGAGGCUCGCCGCCGAUACGAAUUCCCCUAUAUACACGACAUGCCUCCUUCUAUCUUGGUAUCGGACAAUCUCUACCUACGCUCCUUCGUCUAUGAAACCACGUUUCGUGCUCCUCCUUCCCAUGGCUUUGAAAGUGACUCGCAACGUGAAGGGUAUGGAGAUGAGCGGUACCUCAAGCCCUACCACGCAGCUCAAGUCGUCGAGCCUAAUUUCGACGACGUGAAUAUCUCCAAGUGGACUAACGUAACAUCGGACAAUCACCUUUUAAGAAGACUCCUUAGUUCCUACCUAUACUACCAGCAUCCUUGGACGGCAGCUUUCCAUAUGGAUUACUUCAUCAAAGACAUGGCUUCGGGACGGGCUCGCUUCUGUUCAUCUUUGCUAGUUAACUCCGUGCUCGCUGCUGCAUGUCAUAUGUGUCGCGAGGUCCCCGACCGUACCAAGUUUUGGGUUCCGCAAACUCUCGGUUACCAGUUCCUGGCCGAAGCAAAAAGGCUCUGGGAACUCGAAAGCCAAAGGAAUACCGGUAGUCUACCAACGAUCCAGGCCGCUAUAAUACUAGGCAUCGUAGCUCUCACCACAGCCAUGGAUAAGGUUGGCACUUCAUAUUUACUACAAGCUAUGGCUAUGUCGGAGGAAAUGGACCUGUUUAGUCCCCACGCGGGUACAAACGACGAGUCACUACGAAAAGUACGAGCUCUUACGGCGUGGGGGAUCUAUACCUGGCAAGCCUGGCAGCGCUUCUACUUUGCCGCAACGCCUCAUCUAAAAAAACCUCCCGAAUACCCGUUACCGGAUCCCGAAGCCGACCCCGAUUUCUAUGGCCAGACCUGGAUUCGCUAUCCAAUGAGCCACAGGCUGUAUUCAGUCAAUAUGGGCCACGUCGUCAAGGCGAAUUUCGAGUUGCGGCACUUGAUGAAUGAAAUGGCUCUGGAAAUGUUUGAGAAUGGCAAGCCGCCUCGCAUUGACGUCGCGAAGGCGCUGGAGUGUAAGUCUAGGCUGGAUAACUGGUUCGUCAAUCUCCCAGACGUCCUCUCGCCUACGAAGAUAGUGCUUCCGGAUCAUAUCAAAAUCCAUAUGGAAUACUACGGCACGAUCAUCACUCUUGUCCGGUUCCUGGCAGGAUCCGGCUAUACACUGGAUCUAACCUGGCACAACAUCAUCACGCACGCGGAAGUACGCCUGGAGACACUUCUGCGCUUAUACUACCUACGCCACAGCUUCGAGUCGUACGAUCCUCUCCUAAUGCACUGGCUCAUGUUCCUAGGUGACACAACACUGCAAAAGAUAGACAAAUCCGGCAUCGUCGCACCCCCAGCCAUAGCCGCGCUCUCGCCCCCCGUCAGCCUCGAGUCCCUGCGGUCGACCCUGAUCCUCUGCGCCAAGGGACUCUACGACCAAGGACACAACUACCACAUCGCCGUGCUCGUGUACCGGCUCCUACGCGACCGCAUGAAAGUCAACGACCUCGACCUCAUGCGCACGCAUCUCUUCUCCGCCCAGGGGCCUGGCGACGACGAGAUGCCCCUGAUGAUGCAGUACGUCCAGGCCCAGUGGGUUGCUCCCAUCAUGACGCGCGAUACCGAAGCCACCAACCCUAGCAAAAACACGUUGGAUUAUCUGUUAAGAGAGUACGAGAAGCUGUCCCUCGAUCGCAACGUCGAGGACUUGAGCGAUGUUAGUAGUCCGGUGGAGGAGCUGUCCUCGGGGUCGUGA